UCUCGGUGCGCUCAGACGCGUUCGGCGUUCAGGCUCGUUAAGUACCCCGAUGGCCCCCCACCAAAGGGACUGCGCUAACCAGACGACCAGCCCCGGCUACAAACUCUCCUAGCGAAGGCAGGACCCCGAGAGCCUGCUGCUGGAAUACCGCAUUGUUUUAUAAUUCCCAACCAGAGAGAGAAAGGUGAUGAUGCCGAUGAUGCGCCCGCGAUGGUGGAUUUCCCUUUUGUGCGUCUAUGGACUGAUGCACGUCGGUCAUCAGAGCAGCCCUAAUGCCCGAAAUGGAGACGCCUUGUCGAGCUUGAAGGCUCUUCGUGAUGCAAGCAGGUUUGUCGGGAAGGAGGACACGGUGCCUCUCCGCCUGCUCUACAGCAGGCACAACCACAGCCAGAUCACACAGGAUGAGCUCAGCACCAGGGUGAAAGCCAGCCCCGGCUCCACACAGGUGAACCAUGUGGCCCAAGCAAGCUUUCAGGUCGACGCUUUUGGUAGAGCAUUCAUCUUGGAUGUGGCACUGAAUCAUGAUCUGCUGUCUUCAGGGUACGUGGAGAGGCAUUUGUCAGAAAAAGGGAAAACUGUCGUCACCAAUGGAGGAGAGCACUGCUACUACCAGGGGAAGGUCAGAGACAUUCCUCACUCCUUUGUGGCUCUUUCAACUUGUCAUGGACUGCAUGGGAUGUUUUUCGAUGGCAAUCACACCUACAUGAUUGAACCUGGAGGACAGGGCAGCAGCAAUGGAGAUGUCCACAUUCACAUGAUAUACAAAUCUGCAGGGCAAGAGGGAUUAAAUGGUGAUCUGCCAGAGACGCCUUUUCCCAGCCCUCCAUUCCCAGGGUCAAAAGUUGUUCACAGGAGAACAAAGAGACAGGCUCCACGUGUGUCACGCAGUGUAGAAGAUGAGACCAAAUACAUUGAACUGAUGGUGAUCAAUGACCAUUUAAUGUAUAAGAAGCAUCGGCUUUCCGUUGGGCACACGAAUAACUAUGCUAAGUCAGUGGUCAAUAUGGCUGACAUGAUUUUCAAGGAACAGCUUAAUACCCGGAUUGUGCUGGUCGCCAUGGAAACCUGGUCAGCCGACAACAAGUUCAACAUCGACGACGACCCCAUGGUGACCCUGAGGGAGUUCAUGAAAUACAGAAAAGACUUCAUCAAGGAGAAAUGCGACUCUGUUCACCUCUUCUCAGGGAAUCGCUUUCACAGCAGCUGGGGUGGAGCUUCCUACAUGGGAGGAGUUUGCUCCCUGACUAAAGGAGGUGGAGUGAAUGAGUAUGGGAAAACAGACGAGAUGGCCAUAACCCUUGCUCAGUCUCUUGGACAGAACAUUGGCAUCUUCUCUGACAAGAAAAGGAUCCUCAAUGGUGAAUGCAAGUGUGAUGAUCGUUGGUCAGGCUGUAUCAUGGAUGAUGUUGGUUUCUACCUGCCCAAGAGGUUCUCUGACUGCAACGUGGAGGAGUACCACAACUUCCUGAACAGCGGGGGAGGAGCCUGUCUGUUCAACAAACCUCUGAAGCUGCUGGACCCUCCAAUCUGUGGUAACGGCUUCGUGGAGCCAGGAGAAGAGUGUGACUGCGGCAGCCCGGCGGAGUGUGCCAGAGAGGGGGAUAACUGCUGUAAUAAGUGUACCCUGACUCAAGGCUCAAAGUGCAGCAACGGCCUCUGCUGCAACAACUGCCAGAUGGAGUUCAUGGGAGUUGUGUGCCGAGAAGCGGUGAAUGACUGUGACAUCCCAGAAAACUGCACAGGCAAUUCCAGCCAGUGCCCACCAAAUGUGCACAAGAUGGAUGGCUACACAUGUGAGAAGGAUCAGGGUCGCUGCUUCAAUGGAAGGUGCAAAACCAAAGACAGACAGUGCAAGUACAUUUGGGGAGAGAAGGCAACGGCGGCUGACAAGUUCUGCUACGAGAAGCUCAACAUUGAGGGGACAGAAAAGGGCAACUGUGGGAAGGACAAGGACACAUGGAUCCAGUGUAACAAACAGGAUGUUCAUUGUGGAUACCUGCUGUGCUCCAACAUCUCACCUGCUCCGCGACUGGGAGAGUUGCAGGGAGGGCUGACCUCUUUCUCCGUAGCCCGACACAGUGCUUCUCUUGAUUGCAGUGGUGCUCAUGUGCUGAUCGAUGGAGACACCGACCUGGGAUACGUGGAGGAUGGGACGGCCUGCGGGACAGACCGCAUCUGUUUCAAUCACAAAUGUCUCCCCAUCCAACAGUUCAACUUCAGCACCUGCCCCGGGACCACUGACAAGACCAUCUGCUCUGGACACGGGGUAUGCAGUAGUGAGCUGAAGUGUGUGUGUUACCUGGGCUGGGCUGGAGAGGACUGUAACUCCACAUCUCCUCUCAGUUAUCUGGUGGUGGGACCAACUGCCUCAGUUUCAGGUAUCACAAGUACAAACAUCAUCAUCGGAGCCAUCGUAGGCUCCAUCCUCUUCCUCGCCCUCAUACUGGUUGUUACAGCCUGGUGCUACAAGAGCUAUAAGCAGAGACGCUAUGUCGAGUCUGAGGUUCACCGAAGAUUCUGCCGGCAAAUGCCCCCAGGUGACUAUGUAACUAAGCCUGGGGAUGCAGAUUCAUUUUACAGUGACAUGCCUCCAGGUGUCAGCACAAACUCCGGCUGCAGCUCCAAGAAGAGGUCAGCCUGCCUGUCGCACCUGCAGAUUUGUGCCUUGUCCUUCACUCCCUCCAUCCCAUCCAUUUCUCAGAACAUCUCACUGUUUGGCUUCAGAUCUAAUGGGCUGUCCCACUCAUGGAGUGAGAGAAUCCCAGAUGCCAAGCACAUCUCCGACAUCUGUGAAAAUGGGCGACCAAGGAGCAACUCGUGGCAAGGAAACCUGAGUGGUAAUCGUAAGAAACUGAAAGGAAAGAAGUUUCGUGCUCGCUCUAACUCCACAGAGACGCUAUCCCCUGCCAAGUCUCCCACUUCCUCUACAGGAUCUAUUGCAUCCAGCAGGAGAUACCCGUACCCCAUGCCCCCUCUUCCCGAUGACCAGAGGAAAGCCAACAGGCAGAGCGCCAGGCUGUGGGAGACUUCAAUAUAAUAGCCGUUUUACCCACUCUGCAAAAGACCUUAAGGAACUACACUUGUCUCUCCUUUUCUAUGAAUGAAAAACACAAAAAUGAAACAAAAUUGACUCUUAAGCGACUAAAGAGAGAGAGAGAGCCCCCCACUGGAGUGGAAAUAGGCAGAGGUGUGUGUGAGUUAGUAUGUACAAGCAUCUCCGAGGCUGUCUAGCCAGACAUUUAGUGGAUCUCUACAAGAUGCAGAGUGCCGGCGGAGAAACCAGCUCCACAUCCACUCCAGACCAGGUGGAGCUCAGACUGAGCUGUUCCUGUCUGCUCAGGCCUCACCUAUGGGACUCAAAACCCCACCUCUUAUGACCCUCAAGCCGCCCCCCCCCCCCCCCCCCCCCCCCCACACACACACACACACAUAUUUUACCUGUCCCUAAAACCUUAAACCUCGACACAUCCUCCUUAGCUCUGCUCUCGCCACACUCACUUUGACACCACUGUCCCCUGAGUUGUUCAAGCUUCUCUCAAAAAACAAAAAAAAAAAACCCCAAAAAAACAAAACAAACAAAAAAAAAGCGGAGCCAAGAGCAGGUCAUUGUAUCACACUGCAUCGCUGGAUUUGUCCGAUAAUUUUGACGCACGUGAAUCACUGUAGAAACUCCAACACUGUAUGCAUGAGACAACCCUGUUUAUCAGCAACCUCCUCCGACUGAAAAGACGAGAAGAGCGGCGAUCUGAUCUGAAAGGAAAGCAUGUGAGGGGGCAGUGAUUUUAUACCUUCUGUAGGUUUAGAUGCUUUCUCUCCACUAUAGGUAAACCCAUAUUGUAUCACCAGUUACAACCCAUGACAUGGACCCCACCCAGAUCCCGCCCUUCUCUUUCUCCUCUC